CGGCGGCGGGAUGGAGCGGCGGGGCGCGGGGCUGGCGGCGCUGGGCCGGGGGCUGCUCUGGGCGCUGCCCGCCUACGCGGCGGGGGCGCUGGGGCUGGGGGCGGGGGCGCUGCUGCUGGCGCUCGCGCUUUACGCCGGGUGGCGGCGGCGGCGGCGCGCGCGGGAGCGGGGGAUGCGCGCGGCCGCCCGCCUGCAGCGCGAGGAGGAGGCGGCCGUGCGCGCUGCCGCCGCCGGGCUGGGCGCGGCCCCGGGGGAGCUGCCGGCCUGGGUGAGCUUCCCGGACGUGGAGAGGGCAGAAUGGCUGAACAAGAUCCUGGCGCAGGCCUGGCCCUUCUUCGGCCAGUACAUGGAGAAGCUGCUGGUGGAGAGCAUCGCCCCGUCCAUCCGUGCCUCCAGCACCCACCUCCAGACCUUCACCUUCACCAAAGUGGACAUGGGCGAGAAGCCCCUCCGGGUCCUGGGGGUCCGAGCCCACCCUGGCACCCACAAGCAGCAGAUCCUGCUGGACCUCAACAUCAGCUACGUGGGUGACGUCCAGAUUGACGUGGAGGUGAAGAAGUUCUUCUGCAAGGCGGGGGUGAAAGGGCCCCAGCUCCAUGGGAUGCUGCGGAUCAUCCUGGAGCCCCUCCUCGGGGACGUGCCCAUCGUGGGGGCCCUCACCAUGUUCUUCAUCCGGCGCCCGACUUUGGACAUCAACUGGACGGGGAUGAACCUGCUGGACAUCCCGGGGCUGAGCUCCAUGUCGGACACCAUGAUCAUGGAUGCCAUCGCCUCCUACCUCGUCCUGCCCAACCGCCUCCUGGUCCCGCUGGUGCCCGACCUGCACGAGGCCGCCCAGCUCCGCUGCCCCCUGCCCCGGGGCGUGGUGCGGGUGCACCUGCGGGGUGCGCGGGACCUGCGGUCCAAGGACCGGUUCAUGGGGGUGGUGGAGGGCAAGUCGGACCCCUACGCCGUCCUGCGCGUCGGCACCCAGGUGGUCACCAGCCGCGUCAUCGACGACAACCUCAACCCCACCUGGGACGAGGUCUAUGAGUUCAUUGUGCAUGAGGUGCCGGGGCAGGAGCUGGAGGUGGAGCUGUUCGACAAGGACCCCGAUCAGGAUGAUCUCCUGGGCAGGAUGAAGCUGGAUUUCGGGGAGGUGCUGAAGGCCCGGGUGCUGGAGGAGUGGUUCCCGCUGCAGGAGGGGGGGCAGGGCCGGCUCCACCUGCGCCUGGAGUGGCUUUCCCUUAUGUCCGACACCUCCAGGCUGGAGCAGGUCCUGGAGAGGAACCGGGCGAUCGCAGCCAAACCCGACCCUCCGUCCGCCGCCAUCCUGGUCGUGUACUUGGACCGGGCUGAGGAGCUGCCUAUGAAGAAGCCGGGCAAGGAGCCCAACCCCAUGGUGCAGGUCUCAGUGCAGGACGUCACGCGGGAGAGCAAGGUGGUCUGUAACUCCUCUGCCCCCGUCUGGGAAGAUGCUUUCCGCUUCUUCCUGCACGACCCCGCGCACCAGGACCUGGACAUCCAGGUGAAGGACGACCCCCGGCAGAGCAGCCUGGGCUCCCUCUCGCUGCCCCUCGCCCGCCUGCUGGACGCCCCCGGGCUGACGCUGGCGCAGCCCUUCCAGCUCCAGCACUCAGGACCCCGCAGCCGCCUCCACAUGAAGCUGGUCCUGCGGGUGCUUUUCCUCGACGCCCCGGAGAACGGUGUGUCUCCCCCCACCAUCUCGGGGCAGCCGGACCCCCUGGCCAGCACCAGCAGCACCCAGCGGCCCCCCCACGCCAGCCCCAACCCCCAGUUUGGCACCGAGCACAUGCUGCGCAUCCACCUGCUGGAGGCCCAGGACCUCAUCGCCAAGGACAACUUCUUCAAGGGGGUGGUGAGGGGCCGCUCCGACCCCUACGCCCGGCUGCGCGUGGCCGGCAGGACCUUCCGCAGCCGCGUGGUCAAGGAGGACCUGAACCCCCGCUGGAACGAGGUCUACGAGGUGAUCGUGGACAACGUCCCGGGGCAGGACGUGGAGUUCGACCUCUUCGACAAGGACAUUGACAAGGAUGAUUUCCUGGGCCGGUGCAAGGUGCCGCUGAGGCGGGUGCUGAGUGACCGCGUUGUGGAUGAGUGGCUGCCCCUGGAGGACGUGAAGUCGGGGCGGCUGCACGUGCGGCUGGAGAGCCUGGCCCCCCGCCCCAGCGCCGCCCUCCUCGAGCAGGUGCUGCACACCAACAGCCUCCUGCAGCCGGCGCGUGGUGCGGAGCUCUCGGCCGCGCUCCUCUCCGUCUUCGUGGACCGAGCUGCCGACCUGCCGCUCCGGAAGGGCUCCAAGCCACCCGCCGCCUUCGCCAGCCUGGCCGUGCGUGAUGUCUCAUUCAAGACCAAGACCUGUGCCCCCACCACUGAGCCCGUGUGGGAUGAAGGCUUCUCCUUCCUCAUCAAGCGGCCACAUGUGGAGUCACUGGAGCUGCAGGUCUCCUGGAGGGGGGGGUCGCCCCUGGGUGCCCUCAGCCUCCCCCUGCCCCAGCUCCUGGCCUCCGAGGGGCUGGCGCUGGACGGCUGGUUCCCGCUGGCCGGGGGCGGGCCCGGCAGCCAGGUCCUGCUGCGGGCGCAGCUGGGGGUGAGUGCCGGGAUGGGGGGGGGGCCAGCAGCGUGUCCCUGGCCGGGGGGGGACGCUGCCCCCCAGCCCGCAGAGGCGCCGGGAGAGGAGGAGUCGGGGCGGGGGGGGCUGCGCCAGCGCCUGCCCCCAGCUGACAGCCUGGAGGGGGGGGGUCCCCUGGGCCGGCUGCAGCUCACGCUCUGGUACCACCGCGACGAGCACAAGCUGGUGGCCAUCGUCCACGCCUGCAGGUGAGCCCAGCGCCGUGCCCCCCCCCCAGGAAGCUGAAGGCGGGUGUCGAAGGAGCUGCCGGACCCCUACGUGUCCCUGGUGCUGCUCCCGACCCGCAGCCGCGGCACCAAGAGGAAGACCACCGUGCAGAAGAAGACCCUCAACCCCGACUUCAAUGAGAGGUUCGAGUGGGACGUGUCCCUUGAGGAAGCCUCGCGGCGCAAGCUGGAAGCCCACGUCAAAUCCACCGUGUCCUUCAUGUCGCGGGAGAAGGAGGUGCUGGGGAAGCUCCAUCUGGACCUGGCACAGGUGGAUCUAUCCGAGGGGGGAACCCACUGGUACGACCUGCGGGAUGAGCGGAGCAGCCCCUAGAGCGGGGUCCCCCCCCCAGCCCCCCCAGUCCCCGCCGUGCCUGGGGGCAGCGGGAAGGGCGAGGGGGGGGUCCAACCCCCCCCGGCUGCUCCUGCUGCCCCCCCCCCCCCCCAGCCCCCCGCCUCGCCACUGACCAAAGAUGCACCGGGGGGGGCCCCCCCGCGCCCCCCCAGACUGUUACGCACCUCGUGCCUUUUGCCCACCGAGGAGCCUCCUGGCGUGGGGGGUCCCACCUGGGGGGUCCCCCCCUGCCCCCCCCCCGGGGGGAGACGCUUGUGUUCGAGCCGCUGCCAUCGCUGCCACCCGCCGUGCCACCCGCCGUGCCACCGCCGCGCC